UCACUCCCAUCAGCGGUAGUCUGUCCGGGUGCAGAAGAGAGGGACGGAACCAUUCAUUCUUCUGUGGUUCCCUUCCCAGAGGAAAAACGUGGAGGAUGAAGAAGACACACUGAGAUAAGAAAACAAAACAGGACCAACCACGACAACUUAAACUACACAAAGAAGAGGACACAAAAAGAUUCAGCAGGAUUUCAGAGGCGUCGCUUAAAAAAACGUAUCGGCAGCAGUUACACGUGGUGAGAGGACUCUAACGUCAUCUGGAUUUAACUGAAGAACUCGUCUCUGCGUCCACACCAGAGGUGUGUCUGAUGUGACGCCAGCGGGCUGGCUCAGGGAACACAACUUCAAUACAAUGUAGACACCAAAAAGCAGACAGAAUAAGAGUCUGAACACCGAGCCAACAGAAGGAGGGUGAGUUCAAGGAGGAGGAAUAACAGCUGUGUCGAAGCAGAAGAUAAGAAGAGAAAGAGAGGGAAGCAGCAGACUGUGAAUCAUUGACUUGGACCUUUUGAGUGCAGCGGUGUCACCGACUCCUUCCUGUGAAGUGUUCACUCACACUCAGAUCUUCACCGGAGAAGGAUCACAACCUCAGCUCUGGUCUUUGAGCGCCUCUCGCUCCUCUCUUCCACCUCUCUGCUGAGUUGUAGUCUGAACAGAGGGAGACUCCAGCCGUCAGCAUGUGCCAUGUCAUCGUCACCUGCCGCUCCAUGCUGUGGACUCUGCUGAGUAUUGUGGCCGCGUUCGGAGAGCUCAUCGCCUUCAUGAGCACUGACUGGCUGGUGGGAUUCCCCCGAACCCCCGAUGCGGUCUACGGCCCCCAUGGGGCCACCACAGCCGGAGAAGCCUACAGGCCCACUUUAGGCAUCUACGGCCGCUGUAUAAAACUGCCCCACCUGAAGCGUGGAAUACUGUGCGGACCGUACGCCAUACACUUUGGGGAGAUUGCCAGCGGGUUCUGGCAGGCUACUUCUAUCUUCCUGGCUGCAGGGAUCCUGCUGCUGUGUGCCGUGGCCUUCAUCUCAGUCUUCACCAUGUGCUUCCAGAGCAUCAUGAAGAAGAGCAUCUUCAACGUGUGUGGACUGCUGCAGGGGAUCGCAGGUCUGUUUCUGAUCCUGGGUCUGAUGCUGUACCCCGCUGGCUGGGGUUCAGAUAAGGUGCAGCUGUACUGCGGGGCCGACGCGGCUCCGUACCGGGCCGGGCUGUGCUCCAUGGGCUGGGCCUUCUACACCGCCAUGGGGGGGACCGUGCUCACAUUCCUCUGCGCCGUGUUCUCCGCACAGGCCGAGAUCGCCACGUCCAGCGACAAAGUCCAGGAGGAGAUCGAGGAGGGCAAGAGCCUCAUCUGCCUCCUCUGAAGCUCAGAUACUUUUGUCCUGUUGGGAAAUGAAGAAGAAGAGGAAGAGGCGAGAGACACCUGCCCUUCUGUAUUUUCUCAAAACACUGGCCUGUGAAAUGGAGGCCCCUGCGUUGUUUACCACUAGACCUGACUCUGUUUUGUGAUUAUGUCGGAGGAAUCUACAAGUGCCACGUUUUUUUUUCUCAGUGUUUGUCUUUCAGCCACUAAAGGUGCUGCGUCUGUUAUUGUAUUCGUGUUUAGCCGUGUGGACGCCCAGGGAGGCUUUGUCUGUCUCCACAUGCUCUGUAAAUAAGUGUGAUUAUAUAUAUUUUGUACAUAGUAAUGAUCGCAGAAUGAUUGGUCAGCUUGAUCCAGGCUGGGCUGAUGAUGACACUCUUGCCUAAAAAAGAAACACAGCCUGCAAAACCUGGAUGUGUAAACUGUUUGUGAGUAUUAACUCAACAAGGGAACCACUACUCAGUCAGAAUAAACUACUCACAGAAUAAAUGGCUUCAGCUCAGAGUGGAUGUCCUGUAAAGCUUCCAGAAUGUACUGUUAUUUGAAUGAUAAAUGUGUUUCAGAAUAGCUUUAUUAGUCCCACAGAGACCCUUGAAAUGUAUCGAUGGAAGUUAUUUUUCACACAGACUGCACAAGGACGGGCAGAGGAAGAUCUUGGGUCCAUUUUGUUUGUCCUCUAUUCUGCAAAACCCUGAAAAUGAAGUGAGCUUUAUCCUUGCCUGAGCUAAAAGUAGACCUGUGAAGUGUCUGCUCCUCUUUCAGGAGACAACUUGGACAUGAAUGAUGAGGACACACAUGAAGUAUUGCUGUUAGUAAUGUCUGGUUUCAGGGAGUCGUAGAUAGUGUCCUAUCUGUUCCCAUUUGUUUCUGCCAAACGAAUAAAGAGAAGGGAGAAAAAAAA